AUGGCAUCUUCUCUGAAGGUCCUUAGCCCUGUCUUUGUCCUACUGUUCCCCCUAUGGGAGCAGUUCAUACAGGGCCAGAACCUGUCCAGGAAGGAGUUCAUGAAGCAGCACCACCUGAAACCAACACUGGAAUUCAACAAAUACAAAUGUAAUGACCUCAUGAGGAAAAUAGAGGCUUUGAAAGACAAGGACUCUCACAUCUUUCUCUAUACCCCAUGGCACCUAAUUGAUAAUAUUUGUUUCAAGACUUGGAAAGAGCGGUACAGAAAUGUGUAUGUAUGGGCCCAGCAACCCUUCAAAAUACUCUACUGUAAACGGAGGAAUUUCAAAUAUAGAUAUAUAGAGAAAAGAAGCUACAGCCACAUUGAAUUCCACUGUAGCAUGGAUGGGUAUGUUGAUAACAUAGAGGACAUGAGGGUGUUAGAGUUAAUGGAUACCUAG